AUGCAAGUGUGUGUCGCGAAACGCACCAGUAUUCGCUAUGGUGCUGGCCUAAUGCAAAAAAGACACAUCAUGGGAUUUGUGAGAAACGCCCUGGGCUUGGAUCCACCUCCUUCUCCUGACGAGCCUACACCUGAAAAUAGGUUUCAUCUAUGGGAUCAGUCGCCCUCCCCAGAUCUGAGAGAAAGAGCAGCGACCAUACGAGCCUUGGCAAAAUGUCCUGUAACAGGCCGUGAAAUCAACUAUACAUGUCCAGUCUCGGGAAUCCCUACACAUCACUCUCGUGACGCUUGGGAGAAAGAUACGGCUUACCAUCAGUCUAAAAGACCCGAAAUUUUAAAGAAAGUUAACAUCUACGAACACGAUCUGAGAUCCGGCAGGCCGUUCCCAGAGUUCGAUUUCCCACUAGACCAGGACUUCGAUCGUAUGGUCAAUCUGACAAACUGGGAUCUUUUCUUCUACACCCGUGGUUUUUACUCCAUGGACACUGAGUUCCAACUAGCCGCAGUAACGAAAAUGCUCAGUUACCCAACCACGAUUGGGUCCGUGCUUCAUCAGUUUUCGCCAUAUUCUCUCAACCCAAAGGGUCCAAUCACUCUAGAAGGUCUAAAAUCGCUAGCAGCAUUGCGCUACACACUAUAUCCUGAACAAAACCGUCGUGUCACUUCAACUGCCAAAGACAGCCCGCUUCGAAUCUUCAUCUUAGGCGCAAGAGCUGAGGCCCAGCUACCGGGUCACGUCUGGAAACAGUUGCAAUUCAUGUUCCCCGAAACGCAAAUGGAGCUGCACUUCGUUGGACCCGAGUCUCAUUUUGAGAAAACUAAGCGCGAGUACGUUCAUUCAUCAACGCCUAUCGUGCGCAGAGUUGACGAGACUUUGAGCUUCUUCUAUCACACAGAUUUCUUCCAUGUCUUCCACGAAGCGCAGGACUUUUUCCCCUACGAUCCAUACACGGACAUUUUCUUCUGUUUCCAUCCCGGAUUUGCUGCUCCCGAGUCUCGAGAGACCUGGAUGGGCAAGACCAUGGAGGCGUUGUUGGAGACCAAAUGUGCCAUUUUCACUACUGGUUUCAACGAGGCCGAUCUGAGAAGAGAUAUGGCCGCUGUAGUAGAGGCCCAUGGCAAUGAACUGGACAUGUUAAUGGAACCUUCCCACAACGUUUUUGGAAGCACCAAAUGGGAACUGAAUGAUGUGAAUCCUCAACAAGUGUAUCAGUUUAACAUGUACAUGGCGGGAUUCAGGGGCAAGCGGUACCAUGCCAUUGAAGUAUAA